UUCAUCGGGCUAGCUGCGUCAGAAAGAACGUCAUCGUCGCAAAACAUGCUUUUUUGCGUAAGAAAUUCGUACCUGCGGGUGUUGGAAGUAAAUUGCGCUUUCGAGGAAAUGCUCUUCACUCAUCAUCCGUUUCUAACAGCAAAUCAAUGAGUUUCGUAGGCUGCAAUUGUUUAAAAUCAGUACGAUGCGAAGAAACCACCGAGUGCGAUGCAAAAUCUGUUAAACUGAUGCGGAAAGGCACACAGACUAAUUAAGUGAUUGAAUGGUGGCUGUCAUUAGUUUAGGCGAAGAAAAGGUUGUCCGAAUUGUUUUUCCGAUUUGCUCAUGACACCGGAGGAGUGAUGGCUACCCGACGACCACGCGUAAAAGUUGCGGCAAAUCUUAGCAUUCGCCGGCCACCGAAAGCGAAUACGGCCAACGUUGCCGUAGAAGCGAUCAAGCAGGAGAGUGCACCGUCAGAGCCGGUCAAGGAAAUCGAUGUGGCUAACGCUGCCACACUGCCUGCACAAUCAAACAAUGCAGUACCUGAUGCGGAUGGGCAAGGCGGCACGUGUUCGGCCCUGAAGCCGGACGCACCGUCUGAAGAGCCAUUCCAGGAGUUUAAGCUGCCCAAACCGGUAGACGAUGUCGUGAAGCCCGCCCAUCUAUCAUCCAGCCCAUCCAGUUGCUCCGAACCAAAUGCAAGCUUGCCCAACAAUGUCCCGAACGGCGAGGAACCAACGUCCCCACGCAAACAGGACACGCGGCCCACGUUCACGCUACCGUUAGCACGCAAAAGAAAUCGCACCGAGUCACUCACAUCGAACAAAUCGCUUCCGGAAGGAGUGACCGUCAACAAGGUCACCCGGAAAGUGGCAACCAAGCAGGAAGAAUCGCAGCGUACGCUGGACAAUAAAAAGGAGAUCCGCAAACGGUUAACUAACAUCGAGAAUGUGGACAAACAAAACUUGACCAUGUUCGACAUGAUUUACUACAACCCAGUGAACAAUCCGAUGGCACCGCCUGCGCUGAGCAAGCGCGGUUCGCUGGAAAAUAUUCCCAAAAGUGUCGACGGAGGUCGGGAGAGGGAGGGUGGGCGUAGCCGAAGCGUAAGCAAAUCACGCUCACCGACACCGGUCCCGUCCGGAUCGAUUACGGUGCCGGCUCCGAAACCGGCACAGGCUCCCCCGGUACAGCUAACACCCCAGCUGAAGCUGGGCCCGAACGGGGAAAUGAUACUCGACGAAGCUAGUCUAGUGAUAGAAAAUGAGCGCGAGAGAGAAAUGCGCGAAACGCUUGCCAACACGGACAUCGUGUACCAGGAUGAGUUCAGCGGCAAUUCCGGCUACUAUAGUCGCAACAGGCGGACCAAGGAAUGGGACAGUAGCGAAACGAUUCGCUUCUAUCGUUGCCUGCAUACGGUCGGUACCGAUUUUUCCAUGAUGUUGACAAUGUUUCCCCAGCGCUCACGCCGUGAUCUCAAACUUAAGUUUAAAAAAGAAGAACGCCUCAAUCUGCAGCUGGUGAACAAAGCGCUUCAAUACCCCAAUGAGUUCAAUGUGGAACAGCUGAAGCAACAGUUUGCGGAUGAAGAUGAGCAGCUCGAGAGGCAAAGGCAGGCAGAGAAGGAGCGCAAACUUGAAGCGUUAAAAACGCAGCAAAAGGAGCAGCUUCAGAAGAAAUUACUGCUGCAAAUGUCCACCAACAGCAAUCCUCAGCGAAAGCUCAGCAAAUCGGAACGGGCGCUAGUGGAUGAGUCGGAAGCGUUAGGGCCGGAAGUGCUGAAGCGGCCGAAGCGUAGAACCGCUGAGGUGAAGAAACGGUCUGCUGUGAAACCGGCCGUUACGCUUCCAACCGAUCUUGCCACCGUGAAAGAGGAGCAGCAUCAGCAGCAGCAGCAGCAGCAGCAGCAGCAACAGUCCGAAGAGCAACAAUUGGAAAGCUUAACCGAGACUGCGUUAAGCAAUUCCAAAGAGAGUAACCAAAUGAUCGUUCCGCUAGAUAAGACGGCUAAAGAAAGCUUAAAGAUACCGAAACGUACCCCAGCGCCAAAGAAACGAGCUACAGCGAAGCUAGAUGCCAGCAUUGUCGAACAGAAGGAGCCACAAACACGGACCGAACCUGUGCCACCUGAGAACGAGAACGAUUGUAAGGCUAUCGAUGGGGAUUGGGCAACACCAAACACCCCAAUCGAGGAUGUUUCUUCCACAACCAUUCAAUGUACCCCUGUGGCAAUGGAGCAUAAUGCUGCGGAGCUGGCUUCUACCAUGACUGCAGAGCUAUCUACCGACAUGCUAGAGGAGAGUGUUCAUCAGCAGCCUGCAACCGUUACUAAUGGCAACAGCGCGCCUCAUACUAUGAUUCCCGACCCAACGUUCAGCAAUGCUGCAGCAGAUGAAAAUGGAAUUGCAAGCACUGAAAUGCCGUCGAAAUCCCCAUUGCUGGAUACGAACGAUGCUGAGCAGGACAGCAGUCUGCUAGUAGUGAUGGAAAGCCAGAAAAACACUUCUGUGCCACGAAAAGGUGCAAAGUCCUGGAAGGGUCACCAAAGGCAUAGACGUUCGUCUCAGAAACGGCUCACCGCCAAACCGAACCGGUCCAGAACGGGCGCUUCGAAGGCGAUUGAAGAUCCGAGACCACCGUUACCAGAUUAUAGUGUUGCGGCGAUUAAAAAAGACGUUACAGAACCGGCACCGAUGGCCACCAGUGCGCCAUCGGUUGCGGAAGAACCGUACGAUGAGCCUUAUAACGUUGCCGGUCCCGAAGCUGCUCCGGGUGGACCGUUUGUCCUGUACGAGCCACCAGCAGCAACGACCUAUGACAACGGGCACCUAGCGCUACCAAUCGUAAAGUACCAGUGCGUGGAAGAUGCGGAAGACAAUGGUUACGGGGUUGCGCAUGAAGAAGGCACGGGCUACGAUGCUUCCGCGGUGGCCCCCUCUUCCACCGAACCCGCGGUGCUCGCCAAGCAAGAUAAUACGAUCACUGUGAUAACGCUGCAAAACUUGGACGAUCAAACGCACACGACUUGCGUUCGAACGGACGAUGGUCACGCGAUGGAACCGACCAUGAUCAAUGAGCUAACGCCGGUGGAGAUCAAGUACGACGAGUACGAACCGGUGGAUCACUUGCUGCUCGACAGUGCGGUGAAGCGCGAGCGUCCCAACGUACCGGUUAAUGUGCAGAUUAUAAAUUAUCCAUCACCGACGGCGGUGCCUUCUACAGCACCGAUACCGUACAUGGUUUACGAAAAGAUGGAAUAUGAUUCGUCCAGCGGUACGAUCAUCAUUCCCGACCAAUUUCAACCGGGUAAGCCGAUGGCGAGCUUAGAACAGUCCGCACAAUACGCUUCCUCCUCCGUACAGCAGCAGGACUAUAGGGAUGAAGCUUCACCCUCGGUGGUGUCAUCGGCGACGGAGGGAGAACUUGCCGGGCAAAGCCAAGAGCAGACACUUCCAUUGGCCACGCAGGAUGGGUCAACCUCUCCUAAGCACGAAAUGCCAUUGAACCUACCGCAGCAAAACACCGACGUGAGUGUGGAACUAGGCAAGCAAGAACUGUGCAAGGUGGAUGCGCUAUUCGAUACGGGCGCUACCCUCGAAGAAUUACAGCAGCAGCAGCGGGAAGACGCAGCAAAUACCGGUGAGCAGGAAGCACAGGAAGCACAGGAGGAACAGGAGGAGGAGGAGGAGGAGGAGGACGAUGGUGGAUUUUCGCUCGGCGAUAUCGAUAUCAAUUCGCUGGUGCUGGUCGAAAGCCAGGACAGCGUGAACCCGAACAGAACGUUCUACGAAAUUUACGUGUCGGAUCCGGACACGGGACAGCUGAGCGAAAAGCCGCUCGACGUGCCAGCGGACGUGAUUGAAAGCAUACGCUCGAUACUGGAGUCGGGCGAGCAUCGGUAACGGACGGACCGGAUGUCAACUUCGGGUUAAGUAAGUAGCUAUAACGUCUUGGUGCGCGUGGAAAGUGUGUUCGUGCGGGGGGUUUUUUUUUUGCAUGCAUGGCCGUUGUUGAAUCGUAGCAUUUAUCAAAUAAAGCAAGUGUUUUGUCGUU